AUGUCCAAGGAAAAUGAAGUUAAACUGUGGCACCAGAACCGUGGACAUCUUAAUCUCAAAGGUAUAAAGAAUAUUAUGUCUGAAGAAGCUAUUAGAGGUAUACCAAAGCUAAAAAUUAAGGAGGGUAAAGCAUGUGGUGCGUGUCAAAUUAGGAAGCAAACUAAGAUGUCACACCCAAAGUUGCAACAUCAGACUACUUCCAAAAUUUUAGAACUUCUUCACAUGGACUUAUUGGGGUCUAUGCAAGUUGAAAGUCUUGGUGGAAAAUGUACUGGUCAUGAAUUCUCAUCUCCCAUCACUCCUCAGCAGAAUGGAGUUGUAGAACACAAGAAUAGAAAUUUACAAGAAUCAGCUAGAAACAAGGUCGUGAUGGAAUUCAUUAAUGUUGUGGUUGAUGAUUUAAUUAUUGUGAAAGGUACUGAUGUCGAUGAAGAUGUUGGAACAUCAUCGCAACAAACUGAUGCUUCAGAAAAUAUGGAGACAUUGAGUCCAACGCUGAGCCAAAAAGGACUGAAUCACAUAACCCUCAAGCCAACAAAGUUUGAACCUAAAAAUAUGAAGGAGGCCUUGACUGAUGAAUUUUGGAUCAAUGAUAUGCAAGAAGAAUUAGGGAAAUGGGGAAUAGACAACACCUUGUUUGUUAAAGAAGGGAAUGGUAAACUCAUGAUAGCCCAAAUAUAUGUUGGUGACAUUGUGUUUGGAGGGAUGUCGAACCAGAUGGUUCAACAUUUUGUCAAGCAAAUGAAAUCUGAAUUUGAGAUGAGUCUUGUUGGUGAAUUAACCUAUUUUCUUUGUCUUCAAGUUAAACAAAUGGACGAUACUAUCUUAAUUUCUCAAAGCAAGUAUGCUAAGAAUAUAGUGAAGAAGUUUGGCCUAGAAAGUGCUAGUCACAAAAGGACACAUGCAACAACUCACUUGAAAUUAACUAAGGGUGAAAAAGGUGUUAGUGUGGAUGAAAGUUUGUACAAGAGUAUGAUUGGUAGUCUUUUGUAUCUUAUAGGUAGCAGACCAAACAUCACUUUUCCUGUAGGAGUAUGUGCCAGAUAUCAGGUCGAGCCUAAAAUCAGUCACAUUACUCUAGUGAAGAGGAUCUUGAAAUACAUAAAUGGUACUAGUGAGUAUGUCAUGUUGUAUUAUAAUAAGUCUAAUUCCAUGUUUGUAGGGUAUUAUGAUGUUGACUGGGUAGUGUAA